AUGACUUGAAACGUUCUACAAAAUAACAUCCGUUGUUCUUUCUACUACCGCAAGGAAAAUGGAAUCCUGUCACAUUUUAAAUAAAAAAUUUCGUCAAUGCAUAGGUGAAUGGGGUACAAACCAUAAAAAAUGCAAUCCUAUUGAACAAAAAUUAAGACAGUGCUCUACAAACUUAAAGUUUAAUGGGUGUAUAGAUCAAGUGAUACAACUUGUGAACUGUGUCAAAAAACCGGACACUUCAUUAUGCGCAGAACAAUUUCUUAAUAUGCGUGAAUGUAAUCGUCCCAGCGGUUCUCACUUAUCUAUUGACAAAGAAAAGCAAAUAACAAUCUACUCGACAUUAAAAAAAUCUCUAAACGAUUCUGUGAAGUUACCCUUAGUUGAAAAACGAAUUUCCGUAUAGAAUUUUUUAAACAUGCACUUGAUAAGAGUUAACAGUAAACACAAAAUUUUAUCGAAAAUGUGUUGCUGGAACAUAUUUCAAAUAAAAGAAUUCUUAAUGAUA